AUGUUUAGAGCUGGAAGAAAGCAACUUUGGAAACAGAGCAUUGACAGAGUUAUAAAGCAAAAACUCAAGGAAGAGAGGGAGGCUAAACGUGCUCGGCUGGAUGGUAGGCACGAAUAUCUCCUGGAUAUUGUUGCCUCUUGUGUGAAUCUGGAUAAAGCAGAAGUAGAAGAUGCUAUUCUUGAUGGCAACCAGCUAGAGCGCAUUGACAAAUUCCUGGCCCCCCGAGGUCUGCGUCAUCUCAUGUUCUACUAUCAAGAUGUGGAGGCAACUGAUACAGGUAAAUACUUCAGCCUUCCAGGAACAGGAGUAAACUCCCAUUUGACGAAGAAGAAGAAACCUAAAGUAUUUGUGACAGAAGGAAAAGAAGUUGCUUUGACUGGUGUAUGCAUUUUCUUCAUUAGAUCUAGUCUUUUUAAACCCAUCACAAUUGAGAAUAUCUAUCAGGAAGUGAACUUUAGUAUGAUGAAUGUAGGUCGAGAUGGCUUACUAAGAAGUAUUGAGCAACUGAUAUCAGAAAUCUUCAUUCCAGCCUUACAGACUAUGGACCAUGGCUUGGCUGAACUUGGUGAUCCUCAACAAGCUUCCAGUAUUAAGCACAACUUUCUUUGUUCACUUGAAUCUUUUGUUAGUAUGCUAGCAGGAACACAGCAAAAUCUGUUGGAAAAGAUCAAUCUGAAGAAAUGUGAAACAUAUGAUCUGAAAACUCUAAAAGGACCUUCAGAUUACCUGAUGGCUGCUAACAGCAUAGAUACUCUCGAAAGAAUAGAAGUCUGCAUGAAAGGAUGGACCAAACAAAUUGAACAGAUUCUUGCAGAAAAUGACCAAUUGAGAAAGGAAGCCGAUGACCUUGGACCACGAGCAGAACUUGAUUACUGGAAAAAGAGAUUGGCAAAAUUCAGCUACCUUAUGGACCAGCUGAAGAGCUCAGAUGUGAAGGCAGUGCUUGGAGUACUCGCUGCUGCUAAAUCCAAACUGCUGAAGAACUGGCGAGUGUUGGACAUUCGCAUCACUGAUGCAGCAAAUGAAGCUAAAGAUAACGUGAAGUAUCUAUAUUGUCUGGAAAAAUGUUGUGACCCAUUAUACAAUAGUGAUCCUGUAUCCAUGGUGGAUGCUAUUCCAGGACUCAUAAAUACAAUUAAAAUGAUUCAGAGUAUCUCUCAGUACUACAACACGUCUGAAAAGAUAUCCUCACUGUUUGUGAAGGUGACCAAUCAGAUGAUCACAGCAUGUAAAUCUUAUAUUACAAACAACAACACAGCCACCAUCUGGAAUCAACCUCAGGAGACAGUUAUGGAAAAGCUACAAGCAGCCAUUAGACUUAAACAGGAGUAUCAAAACUGCUUUCAUGAGAUAAAGAAGAAAUUAGAACAAAAUCCAGCUGAAAGACAGUUUGAUUUUAGUGAGAUGUAUAUCUUUGGAAAAUUCGAAACCUUUCAUCGACGUCUCAUAAAGAUAAUAGAUGUGUUCAAUACUGUGAAAACCUACUCAGUUCUACAGGAGUCUAAGAUAGAGGGAUUGGAAGGAAUGAUCACAAAAUAUGAGAGUGUUGUUAACAUCAUGAAGAAAGGGAACUACAAUUUCUUGGAUCAACGGAAGACUGAUUUUGACCAAGACUAUGAAGAGUUUUGCAAAGAGAUAAGUGACCUUCAUGGUCAAUUAAGACUUUUCAUGGACGUCACCUUUGAAAAUAUCCUGAACACUGAAAAAGCACUGAGCAUGUUGAAGAAAUUUGAAAGAUUGCAAAUCCCAAAUCUUGGCAUUGAUGAAAAGUAUCAACAAGUACUUCAAAACUAUGGUCAUGACAUCGAAACGGUCUGUAAGAUCUACACUAGACAGAAGCAUGACCCUCCACUGGCUCGUAAUCUGCCUCCAAUAGCUGGUAAGAUCUUGUGGGCACGCCACCUAUUCCAUAGGAUCCAGGAGCCCAUGGAGGCUUUCCAGAGGCACGCGACUGUUCUGCAAACACCAGAUGGCAAAGGCAUAAUCCGCAACUACAACAAAGUAGCAAAGGUUCUGAUGGAGUUUGAGGUGAUCUACCACAGGGGAUGGCUUCAGCAGGUUGAACUAACUGAAAGAGGACUUCAAGCACCUCUCUUGGUAAAAGAUCCAGAAACAGGAGAAUUAUUUGUGAAUUUUGACCCUCAAAUAUUAACUUUAAUCAGAGAAACAGAUUGCAUGGCUCACAUGUGCCUCGAAAUCCCACCACUUGCAAGUGUUAUUCAACAGAGCAGAGACUGGUAUAAGAAGAUUAUCAGCAAGUUACAUUCGAUGCUGGCAGAAUAUAAAAGAAUUAAACUGAAAAUACAACACCCUAUUGAACAACUGAUGGCUCCUCGGUUAGCAAAUGUAGAUGCUGCCAUCCAGCCAGGUCUGAUAUUUCUGACCUGGACAUCCUUGAAUGUUGAGAAGUAUAUUAAACAUGUUUCUUACAAGCUAGCUGGGCUGGAGUUGUUGCUUGAUCAAGUGAAUGACUUGGUUGAAUUUCGAAUUGAUGCCGUCCUUCAAGAAAUGAACAGAGUGACACUCUGUAAGUUGCCAGAAGAUGAACCACUGAGCUGUGAGGAAUUUCUCCAAAAGACUAAGGAGCUCUGUAUAAAAGGUUCUCGGACUUUACAUUUAAAAAGCUCACUGGUGGAAGAUGCUGUUAAUGAGCUGAUUCAUAUGUUACUUGACACUGAGGUACAGGUCAAUAAAGAAGGUAAGUCAGUUGUACCCACUGGUGAAACAAGGGGAAAAAAUACAGUCACUUUUUCUAAUGAGCUUUAUGAUGUUUCAGCACCAGAUGAAGAAAGAAGAUCAAAAAGCUUGAGUUCCUCCCACAGUUACAGUGCGAUAUGGGCUGGACUGUCUCCUCCAGCAAAGAGGAAGAGGGCAGAUGUAGAAAAGUUGGAGGAAGAUGUCAAUGAACUGCUUUCCUACUUCAAUCAGUGUAAUAUUGAUGCCCUUUUGAAAGUCACUCGAAGCACUCUGGAGACCAUACGGAAGCACAUUCAUGCACCUUCCAUGAUCAACUACUUAGAAAAUCACAGUGCUUCUAAGCAGAAAAAAAGUGCUCAUCCUAUAAUUAGGACUAGCAUUAACCUAGCUAUCCCUAACAUCAUCAUGACACCCUCUUUGGAUGAGGUACAGCAGACUCUUAAUAAAGCUGUAGAUAGUAUUGUGAAAGUAAUGAAAGGAGUUGGACAGUGGAGCAAGGAGAGAAUGUCUAAGAAGAAAAUGUUAGAGAGAAAAGUGGCCAUGUUGAACUAUGAGAGCAGAGACAGUGAUUCUGAUGAUGGAAUGAGAGAGACUGGAAAGAAAAACAUCUAUGAUGCAGCAUCACUCAGUUUGUCUGAUUCGGUGCAAAGCCAGAACUACUUCAAGAGCGUUUCAGAGAACAAAGAAAUUAUUAAAUUAGUAUCUUUACUCAGCACUGCUAUUAACUCUACAAAAAGGGAAGUUCUUACAGCUUUGGAGAGUUUUAGUUGUUACCGCCAUAUAUGGCAGAGAGACAAGGAGGAAACUAUUGAUGAAUUAUUGAGGGGAAAUCCAUUACUCUAUGAAUUUGAAUCUGAAAUUCUACAUUUCCUAGACUUGGAGCUGAAAAUCAAUUCUGAGCCUGAGUACAUCUGCGUGGGAGCUAUUGCACUGUACACUGCUGAUUUGAAGAUAGCACUGAGAGCAGAAACCAAAGCCUGGGUGACACUGCUGGGGUGUCAUUGUAAUAAGAAGUACCGAACACAGAUGGAAGCAGUUUUCACUUUCAUAGAGGAAACUGGCAAGAAGCUAAAUCGCCCCAUCAAGGACCUGGAUGAUAUAAGAAUAGCCAUGUCAGCUUUAAAAGAGAUCAGAGAACUACAGAUCUCCAUAGACUCCCAAGUUGGGCCUAUUGAGGAAUCCUAUGCUAUGUUAAGCAAAUAUAAUCUACUUGUGGCCAAGGAAGAGACAGAGAAGGUGGAUACUUUACACUACUCUUGGGAAAAACUGCUAGUCCGUGCAAAUGAAGUGCAGAAUGAGCUUGUUACUUUGCAGCCAAACUUCAGAGGAGAGCUUAUUAGCACUGUGAAGACUUUUACUGAAGAGUGUGCACAGUUCUAUUCAGAUUAUGAUCAGAAUGGGCCAAUGGUGGUUGGUUUAGAGCCUCAGGAAGCCAGUGACAGGCUUACUAUGUUUCAGAAUCGAUUUGAUAAUCUUUUUCGGAGAUACCUUACUUAUACUGACGGGGAAGAUCUUUUCGGUUUGCCUGUUACUCGGUAUCCUCAGCUGCUUGAAAUAAAGAAGCAACUGAAUCUGUUACAAAAACUCUAUGAUCUAUAUAACAGUGUCAUUGGCACAGUCAGCAGCUACUACGAUAUUCUUUGGUCAGAAUUAGACAUUGGAAAAAUUAACAGUGAACUUCUGGAGUUUCAGAACAGAUGCCGUAAACUUCCUCGAGGUGUCAAGGAAUGGCAGGCUUUUUUUGACCUAAAGAAGACCAUUGAGGACUUCAGUGAAUGUUGCCCUUUGCUCGAGCGAAUGUCAAGUAAAGCAAUGAUGCCUCGGCACUGGAAGCAAAUUACAGAUCUCACUGAACACAACUUCGAUGUGGAAAGUGAAAUAUUCAAACUGAGGAAUAUCAUGGAAGCUCCACUAUUAAGAUAUAAAGAGGAAAUCGAGGAUAUCUGCAUAAGUGCUGUGAAGGAGAGAGACAUUGAGCAGAAGUUAAAACAAGUGAUAGCUGAAUGGGACAACAAAACAUUUAUUUUUGCAAACUUUAAAAGCCGUGGGGAACUUCUUUUAAGAGGUGACAGCACAUCAGAAACAAUUGCUACCAUGGAGGACAGCUUGAUGGUUCUUGGCUCUCUCAUGAGUAACAGAUACAACACUCCCUUCAAGACACAGAUUCAGAAAUGGGUGCACUAUCUUUCUAACACAACAGAUAUAAUUGAGAACUGGAUGACUGUGCAAAACUUGUGGAUUUAUUUAGAAGCUGUGUUUGUUGGUGGUGACAUAGCAAAGCAGCUUCCAAAGGAAGCAAAGCGUUUCUCUAACAUUGAUAAAUCCUGGGUGAGGAUCAUGACUCGAGCUCAUGAAACACCUAAUGUUGUUCAGUGCUGCAUUGGAGAUGAAAUCAUGGGACAGUUGCUUCCACAUUUACUAGAACAACUUGAAAUCUGUCAGAAGUCACUUACAGGAUACCUGGAGAAAAAACGCCUUCUAUUUCCAAGAUUCUUUUUUGUGUCAGAUCCAGCUCUCUUAGAAAUUCUUGGCCAGGCAUCAGACUCUCACAAUAUACAGGCACAUCUGCUGAAUGUCUUUGACAACAUUAAAACUGUCAGGUUCCAUGCAAAGAUAUAUGAUCGUAUAUUGUCGAUUAGCUCACGAGAGGGUGAGACUGUAGAGCUGACUAGACCUGUAAUGGCUGAAGGUAAUGUGGAAGUUUGGCUCAAUUCCCUGUUAAAGGAAUCCCAACUGUCACUGCAUCAUAUUAUUCGUGAGGCAGCUGCACACAUCCAGGAAACUAGUUUCCAGAUGACUGAGUUUCUUUCUACUUAUCCAGCCCAGGUUGGGUUGUUAGGGAUCCAAAUGAUUUGGACCAGAGACUCGGAAGAAGCUUUAACUAAUGCCAGAUACGAUAGAAAAAUUAUGCGAAAGACAAACCAGUUUUUCCUGGAUCUUCUAAACAUGCUGAUAGAUAUGACAACAAAAGACCUUAGCCCUGUUGAACGAGUGAAAUAUGAGACAUUAAUAACUAUUCACGUGCAUCAGAGGGACAUUUUUGAUGGUCUGUGUUGUAUGCAUAUCAAGAGCCCUACAGACUUUGAGUGGCUGAAACAGUGUAGAUUUUAUUUUAAUGAAGACUCUGAUAAAAUGAUUAUUAAGAUCACUGAUGUGGGUUUCACAUACCAGAAUGAAUUCUUGGGCUGUACUGACAGACUUGUCAUAACACCUCUUACAGACAGAUGUUACAUCACUUUGGCUCAAGCUUUAGGCAUGAACAUGGGUGGAGCACCUGUAGGACCUGCGGGAACUGGAAAAACCGAAACCAUUAAAGACAUGGGACGGUGCCUCGGAAAAUACGUAGUGGUCUUCAACUGUUCAGACCAGAUGGAUUUCCGAGGACUUGGGAGGAUCUUCAAAGGUCUUGCUCAGUCCGGCUCCUGGGGUUGCUUUGAUGAAUUCAAUCGUAUUGAUUUACCAGUACUAUCAGUGGCUGCACAGCAAAUUGCAAUUGUGUUGACGUGCAAGAAGGAAUAUAAAAAAAGCUUUAUUUUUACUGAUGGAGAUAAUGUGGAAAUGAACCCAGAAUUUGGCAUCUUUCUUACUAUGAAUCCAGGAUAUGCUGGACGGCAAGAGCUUCCCGAGAACUUGAAGAUCAACUUCCGUUCAGUGGCUAUGAUGGUUCCCGAUCGUCAAAUCAUAAUUCGUGUCAAACUGGCUAGUUGUGGUUUCAUUGCUAAUGUUGUAUUGGCAAGGAAAUUCUUUACACUGUACAAGCUGUGUGAAGAACAACUGUCAAAGCAGGUGCAUUAUGAUUUUGGCUUGCGGAAUAUCUUGUCAGUGCUACGUACAUUAGGAGCAGCAAAAAGAGCAAAUCCCAACGAUACUGAAUCUACCAUUGUCAUGCGUGUGCUGAGAGACAUGAACCUGUCUAAACUAAUUGAUGAAGAUGAACCGUUAUUCCUGAGUCUAAUCGAAGAUCUGUUUCCAGAUAUCCAGCUUGAUAAAGUAGAUUAUCCUGAACUGGAAGCUGCCAUUGACAAACAGGUGGAAGAAGCUGGACUUGUUUGUCAUCCUCCUUGGAAAUUGAAAGUUAUCCAACUUUUUGAAACCCAGAGAGUAAGGCAUGGAUUGAUGACACUAGGACCUAGUGGUGCAGGAAAAACAGCUUGCAUCCACACUUUAAUGAAAGCCAUGACAGAUUGUGGACAGCCACAUCGUGAAAUGAGAAUGAAUCCUAAAGCUAUAACUGCUCCUCAAAUGUUUGGUCGUCUUGAUGUGGCAACAAAUGAUUGGACAGAUGGGAUAUUUUCGACACUCUGGAGGAAAACUUUAAGAGCCAAGAAAGGAGAACACAUCUGGAUAGUUCUUGAUGGUCCAGUUGAUGCAAUUUGGAUUGAGAACCUUAAUUCUGUCCUGGAUGAUAACAGAACCCUAACGUUGGCAAAUGGAGAUCGGAUACCUAUGGCACCAAAUUGCAAAAUAGUCUUUGAACCUCAUAAUAUUGAUAAUGCUUCACCAGCAACAGUUUCAAGGAAUGGGAUGGUAUUCAUGAGCUCAUCAGUUCUCAACUGGAGCCCUAUCCUUGAGGGGUUUUUGAAAAGACGCCCCUCCCAAGAAGCUGAGAUUCUACGUCAGCUGUAUUCUUCAUCGUUCCCAGACUUGUAUCGCCUCAGUGUUCAGUGUCUGCAAUGCAAGAUUGAGAUGUUGGAAGCCUUUGUGAUUAUGCAGAGCAUUAAUAUGCUGGAGGGCCUUAUCCAACCUAAGGAGCAAGGAGGGGAAUUGACUCCAAAAUACCUGGAAAGGCUGUACAUAUUCUCUCUUAUGUGGAGCGUAGGAGCAUUACUAGAACUGGAAGACAGAUGCAAAAUGGAGCACUGGCUUCGAAAUCAUGCAACAAUAAAACUUGAUCUUCCCUGUAUCCCAGAAGGCAGUGAAGAUACCAUGUUUGAUUAUUAUGUGUCAUCUGAUGGUGAAUGGAUGCACUGGAAUACAUGUGUAGAAGAGUAUGUAUAUCCCAGUUGCAGCACUCCAGAAUAUGGCUCCAUUCUUGUGCCUAACGUUGACAACGUGAGAAUGGAUUUCCUUAUUCAAACCAUUGCGAAACAGGGCAAGGCUGUCCUACUAAUUGGUGAGCAAGGAACUGCAAAGACGGUUAUCAUCAAAAGUUUUCUGUCAAAAUAUAACCCUGAGAGCCAUGUAGCUAAGAGUUUGAAUUUUUCAUCUGCAACUACCCCAUUAAUUUUCCAGCGUACAAUCGAGAGUUACGUGGACAAGCGCAUGGGCACAACUUAUGGUCCGCCUGCAGGCAAAAAGAUGACGGUCUUCAUUGAUGAUGUGAAUAUGCCCGUAAUAAAUGAAUGGGGAGAUCAGGUCACUAAUGAGAUAGUUAGGCAGCUGAUGGAACAGAAAGGAAUAUAUAAUCUGGAAAAGCCUGGUGAAUUUACCAACAUUGUUGACGUUCAGUUUUUGGCUGCCAUGAUUCACCCAGGGGGAGGUCGCAAUGACAUUCCACAGAGGCUCAAGAGACAAUUUUCUGUGUUCAACUGUACUCUGCCUUCUAACUCUUCCAUUGACAAAAUCUUUGGUGUAAUUGGAGAAGGGCACUACUGUGGUGAGCGAGGAUUUUCAGAAGAUGUGAAGAAAACAGUAGCCAAAUUGGUUCCAAUGACACGCAGACUGUGGCAAAUUACCAAGCUAAAAAUGUUGCCCACACCAGCCAAGUUCCAUUAUGUCUUCAAUCUUCGAGACCUCUCAAAGAUUUGGCAAGGAAUGCUGAAUACAACAUCAGAAGUGAUCAAUGAACCAAAGGUCCUGAUAAAACUGUGGAAACAUGAAUGUAAGCGUGUCAUUGCUGAUCGUUUCACAACUUCAGAAGAUGUAAACUGGUUUGAUACAGCUGUGGAAAAACUCAUUGAGGAGGAUUUUGAAGGAACAAAAGCCUUGCUGGAUUCUGAAGUUGACACAUUCUUUGUUGACUUCUUAAGAGAUGCACCUGAAAGAACUGAUGAAAAGUCAGAGGAAGUUCAUUUAGAUCUUCCCAAAGUCUAUGAGCCAGUUGACUCCUUUCAUCAGCUACGGAAUCGUUUAAAUAUGUUCUUACAAACAUACAAUGAGAAUGUCCGUGGUACUGGAAUGGAUAUGGUUUUCUUUGAGGAUGCUAUGAUUCAUUUAGUCAAGAUUUCUCGGGUGAUUCGCACUCCUCGUGGAAAUGCUCUUUUAGUUGGAGUUGGUGGCUCAGGAAAGCAGAGCUUGACAAGACUGGCAUCUUUCAUAGCUGGCUAUGAUACGUUCCAGAUAAUGUUAACAAGAUCAUACAACACGUCAAACUUGAUGGAAGAUCUGAAACUCCUGUACAGAACAGCAGGACUUCAAGGCAAAGGCAUUUGUUUUCUUUUUACUGACAACGAGAUCAAAGAUGAGUCUUUCUUGGAAUUCCUGAACAAUGUUUUAUCAUCAGGAGAGGUGUCCAACUUAUUUGCACGUGAUGAAGUAGAUGAGAUCAUUAGUGACCUCACAUCCACCUUCAAAAAGGAAUAUCCACGGAGACCUCCAACCAGUGAGAUUCUGUACGACUACUUCAUGACUAGAGUCCGUCAGAACCUUCAUGUGGUUCUUUGCUUUUCACCAGUAGGAGAAAAAUUCCGAUAUAGAGCCCUGAAGUUCCCUGCUCUAAUUUCUGGAUGCACCAUAGAUUGGUUCAGCAGGUGGCCUAAGGAUGCUCUAGUGGCAGUAUCUGAACAUUUCUUGUCCUCAUUUGAUAUGGACUGCACUGCUGAUACAAAGAGGGAAAUCGUGCAGUGUAUGGGCUCAUUUCAGGAUGGAGUGGCAGAGAAGUGUUCUGAUUACUUUCAGAGAUACAGACGUUCUACGCACGUGACUCCCAAAUCCUACCUCUCCUUUAUUCAGGGAUAUAAAACUAUGUACAAAGAAAAGCAGGCUGAAGUGCAGACAUUAGCAAACAGAGUGAAUACUGGACUGGAAAAAUUGAAAGAGGCCUCUGAGUCAGUGGCUGCUCUAAGCAGAGAGCUGGAGGCAAAAGAAAAAGAACUUCAAAUUGCAAAUGAAAAAGCUGACAUGGUAUUGAAAGAAGUUACUGUGAAAGCACAGGCUGCCGAGAAGGUGAAGGGUGAAGUUCAGAAAGUGAAAGACAAAGCUCAAGCUAUAGUAGACAGUAUCUCAGUUGAUAAAGCCAUUGCUGAAGAGAAGUUGGAAGCUGCUAAGCCUGCUUUGGAAGAGGCAGAAGCAGCCUUACAGACAAUAAAACCUGCAGAUAUUGCCACUGUCCGCACCCUGGGUCGCCCUCCUCACCUCAUUAUGCGGAUCAUGGACUGCGUGUUACUGCUCUUCCAGCGGAAAGUGAACAACGUGAAAAUCGAUCAGGAAAAAUGCUGUACCAUCCCAUCAUGGCAAGAAUCUUUGAAACUGAUGACAGCAGGGAACUUCUUACAGAACCUUCAGCAAUUUCCAAAGGAUACAAUUAAUGAAGAAAUGGUGGAACUUUUGAGCCCUUAUUUUGAAAUGGUGGACUACAACAUCGAGACAGCUAAGAGAGUAUGUGGCAAUGUUGCUGGCCUUUGCUCAUGGACCAAAGCUAUGGCUGUAUUUUUUUCCAUCAACAAAGAAGUAUUACCUUUAAAGGCUAAUUUAGCAAUCCAGGAGAAUCGCCUAACCACUGCUAUGCUGGAUCUGCAGAAAGCUCAAGAAGAACUGGGUGCCAAGCAAGAAGAAUUAGAUAUUGUGCAGGCAGAAUAUGAAAAAGCAAUGAGAGAAAAGCAGACUUUACUUGAAGAUGCUGAGCGUUGCCGUCAUAAAAUGCAAACUGCCUCAAGUCUUAUAAGUGGUUUAGCUGGUGAAAAAGAGAGAUGGACAGAGCAGAGUAAAGAAUUUGCUAUGCAGACCAAGAGGCUAGUGGGUGAUGUGCUCUUGGCUACAGCUUUUCUGUCCUAUUCUGGUCCUUUUAACCAAGAGUUCCGCAGUCUACUAUUAAAUGACUGGCAAAAGGAAAUGAAAAGCCGGAAAAUCCCCUUUGGUACCAACUUGAACCUCAUAGAAAUGUUGACUGAUGCUCCAACUAUCAGUGAAUGGAACCUGCAAGGAUUACCAAAUGAUGACUUAUCCAUUCAGAAUGGAAUCAUUGUUACUAAAGCAUCUCGUUAUCCUUUAUUAAUCGAUCCACAGGCACAGGGUAAAAUUUGGAUUAAAAACAAGGAAGGCAGAAAUGAACUUCAGAUCACUUCUUUGAAUCACAAGUAUUUUAGAAAUCACUUAGAAGACAGCCUUUCUUUGGGAAGACCUCUUUUGAUAGAAGAUGUUGGAGAAGAACUUGACCCAGCACUUGAUAAUGUUUUGGAAAGAAACUUCAUUAAAACAGGUUUAGACAGCAAGGUGAAGGUUGGUGAUAAGGAAAUAGAUGUUAUGAAUGGCUUCAAACUUUACAUUACUACACAACUGUCAAAUCCAGGUUAUUCUCCUGAAAUUAGCGCUCGAAUCUCCAUCAUUGACUUUACUGUGACCAUGAAAGGUCUUGAAAAUCAACUCUUAGGCAGAGUCAUUCUCACAGAGAAACAGGAAUUAGAGAAAGAGAGAACAGAUCUUAUUGAAGAUGUGACUAUGAAUAAAAGGAGGAUUAAAGACCUAGAAGAUAACCUUUUGUUCCGACUUACAAGCACUAAGGGUUCUUUGGUAGAUGAUGAGAGUCUAAUAAUUGUAUUGAAUAAUACUAAGAAGACUGCUGAGGAGGUAACACAGAAACUGCAAACUUCUGCUGAAACUGGGAUACAGAUCAACUCAGCUCGUGAAGAGUACAGACCUGUUGCGACUCGAGGUAGCAUCUUGUACUUCCUUAUUACUGAGAUGAGCAUGGUUAAUGUGAUGUAUCAGACUUCACUUCGUCAGUUUUUGGGGCUUUUUGACCGCUCUCUAGCCAGGUCUACCAAGAGCCCUAUAACUAGCAAGAGGAUUACUAAUAUUAUUGAGCAUAUGACAUAUGAAGUAUUCAAAUAUGCUGCCCGAGGACUCUAUGAGGAGCACAAAUUUCUUUUCUCGUUAUUACUUACAUUGAAGAUUGAUAUACAAAGAGGCAGAGUGAAGCAUGAAGAAUUUCUGACACUUAUUAAAGGUGGUGCUUCACUAGACCUUAAAGCUUGUCCUCCCAAGCCAGCUAAAUGGAUUCUGGAUAUGACUUGGCUGAACUUGGUGGAGCUCAGUAAGCUUAAACCAUUUUCAGAUAUUCUUGAUCAAAUUUCCAGAGCAGAGAAACAGUGGAAAAUCUGGUUUGAUAGUGAGAAUCCUGAAGAAGAACUGGUUCCUAGUGGCUAUGGUCAGUCCCUGGAUUGCUUCAGACAUCUGCUUCUUAUCAGAUCUUGGUGUCCUGACAGGACCAUAGCUCAGGCAAGAAAAUACAUCAUUGACACUAUGGGGGAAAAAUAUGCAGAGGGAGUCAUCUUGGACUUGGAGAAGUCAUGGGAAGAGUCAGAUCCACGUACUCCUCUCAUAUGCUUCCUUUCCAUGGGCUCUGAUCCUACAGACUCAAUUAUUGCUUUGGGAAAAAGACUGAAGACAGAAACACGUUAUGUAUCCAUGGGCCAGGGGCAAGAAAUCCAUGCUCGUAAACUUCUGCAGCAGACGAUGGCUCAUGGAGGUUGGGCACUUCUGCAAAACUGCCAUCUUGGACUUGACUUUCUGGAUGAGUUGAUGGACACUGUAAUAGAAACAGAGACUGUCCAUGAAAGCUUUAGACUCUGGAUGACAACUGACAUUCACAAACACUUCCCCAUCACCCUUCUUCAAAUGUCUAUCAAGUUUACCAAUGAACCACCACAAGGUCUCAGAGCUGGACUAAAGAGAACAUACAGUGGUGUCAGCCAGGAUUUGCUAGAUGUCAGUGACAUGGUACAAUGGAAACCAAUGUUAUAUGCUGUAGCCUUUCUACACUCCACUGUUCAAGAAAGACGCAAGUUUGGAUCUCUGGGUUGGAACAUACCCUAUGAGUUUAAUCAAGCUGAUUUCAAUGCUACCGUGCAGUUCAUUCAAAACCACUUGGAUACUGUGAAUUCCAAGAAGGGCAUCUCUUGGAGUACUGUUUGUUAUAUGAUAGGUGAGAUCCAGUAUGGGGGCCGUGUGACAGAUGACUAUGACAAAAGACUCAUGAACACCUUUGUAAAGGUUUGGUUCAGUGAAAAUACAUUCAGUCAGGAAUUCAGCUUCUACAAAGGAUACAGCAUACCCAAAUGUACUCUGGUGGAUCAGUACCUGCAGUACAUACAGAGUCUUCCUGCUUACGACACACCAGAGGUGUUUGGUUUGCACCCCAAUGCUGAUAUCACUUACCAAAGUAAACUUUCCAAAGAUGUAAUGGACAUCAUCCUCAGUAUUCAGCCUAAAGAUAGCUCUGGUGGAGGAGGUGAAACCCGAGAGGCAGUCGUAGCCAGACUGGCUGAUGACAUGCUGGAAAAGCUUCCUGCUGAUUAUGUACCAUUUGAAGUAAAAGAGAAACUAAAGAGCAUGGGAUCUUUUCAGCCUAUGAACAUAUUUUUGCGACAGGAGAUUGAACAAAUGCAGAGAGUUAUUUCUUUAGUUAGAAGCACUCUGACUGAUCUAAAACUUGCCAUUGAUGGGACAAUUGUUAUGAGUGAAAAUCUGAGGGAUGCUUUAGACUGCAUGUAUGAUGGAAGGAUUCCUGCUAGCUGGAAAAAAGCUUCUUGGGCUUCUAGUACACUUGGUUUCUGGUUUACUGAGCUUCUAGAAAGAAAUCACCAGUUUCACAAUUGGAUUUUUGAAAGCCGACCGAACUGCUUCUGGAUGACAGGGUUUUUUAAUCCUCAAGGAUUUUUAACUGCAAUGAGGCAGGAAAUGACCAGAGCCAACAAAGGAUGGGCUCUUGACAGCGUAGUGCUGUGUAAUGAGGUCACUAAAUGGAUGAAGGAUGAUAUCACAGGCCCUCCUUUGGAAGGUGUCUAUGUGUAUGGGCUGUAUUUGGAAGGAGCUGGUUGGGACAGAAGAAACAUGAGACUGACUGAAUCUAAGCCCAAGGUGCUUUUUGAGAUGAUGCCAGUCAUAAGAAUAUAUGCAGAGAAUAACACUUCAAAAGAUCCACGUCUGUAUUCGUGUCCAGUCUACAAAAAAGCCGUUCGGACAGAUAUGAAUUACAUUGCUGCCAUAGAUCUUAAAACUCUUCAGCCUCCAGAGCACUGGGUACUGCGUGGGGUAGCACUUCUGUGUGAUGUCAAAUAA